AAGCGGAGAGGUUGCUGUGGUAGCCGGCGUGGGCGGCGUCACUGAGCCGCGCCAGCUGAGCCAGGUAGGGCCCUACCCUCUUCUGUUGCUUUCUCCCUGUGGCUCGCGCCGUCCCCCGCCGCCCGUCGACCCCGCUUCCAUGUCCCUGGCGGACACAGCUCCCAGGAACCUCCACGCCCAUGGCCACUAGGCAGAGGGAAUCCUCUAUCACCUCCUGCUGUUCCACCUCGAGCUGCGACGCAGACGACGAGGGCGUGCGCGGCACCUGCGAAGAUGCUUCCCUGUGUAAGAGGUUUGCAGUAAGCAUUGGCUACUGGCAUGACCCUUACAUACAGCACUUUGUGAGACUGUCUAAAGAGAGGAAAGCCCCUGAAAUCAACAGAGGAUAUUUUGCUCGAGUCCAUGGUGUCAGUCAGCUUAUAAAGGCAUUUCUACGGAAGACAGAAUGUCAUUGUCAAAUUGUCAACCUUGGGGCAGGCAUGGAUACCACCUUCUGGAGAUUAAAGGAUGAAGAUCUUCUCCCAAGUAAAUAUUUUGAGGUUGACUUUCCAAUGAUUGUCACGAGAAAGCUGCACAGUAUCAAAUGCAAGCCUCCCCUAUCCAGCCCCAUUCUAGAACUGCAUUCAGAGGACACACUUCAGAUGGAUGGACACAUACUGGAUUCAAAGAGAUAUGCCGUUAUUGGAGCAGAUCUCCGAGACCUGUCUGAACUGGAAGAGAAGCUAAAGAAAUGUAACAUGAAUACACAAUUGCCAACACUCCUGAUAGCUGAAUGUGUGCUGGUUUACAUGACUCCAGAGCAGUCCGCAAACCUCCUGAAGUGGGCAGCCAACAGUUUUGAGAGAGCCAUGUUCAUAAACUACGAACAGGUGAACAUGGGUGAUCGGUUUGGGCAGAUCAUGAUUGAAAACCUGCGGAGACGCCAGUGUGACCUGGCGGGAGUGGAGACCUGCAAGUCAUUAGAGUCACAGAAAGAACGGCUCCUGUCGAAUGGGUGGGAAACAGCAUCGGCCGUCGACAUGAUGGAGUUGUACAACAGGUUACCUCGAGCUGAAGUGAGCAGGAUAGAAUCACUUGAAUUCCUGGAUGAAAUGGAGCUGCUGGAGCAGCUCAUGCGGCAUUACUGCCUUUGCUGGGCAACCAAAGGAGGAAAUGAGCUUGGGCUGAAGGAGAUAACUUAUUAAUCUGUCGAAGGCUUAUGCCGAGCCAGAAGCCGAAGCCACUUGCCCUCCUGGAGGAGACCUGCAAGCUCCCUGAGCGGUGGGCGGGCCUCGUCCGCAGGCCUCAUCCCACACUCUUGAGAAGCCUCGGUCACUGCAGUGGUCGCACAUGUUCCUCUUCCUGUUCCUGUUGACAUGUCGUUGUUUAAAUAAAUCUCACUUGCCGCCA